AAAUUAAAUCUGUCAAGUGAGAUAAUAUAAUCAGCUGUUCACCCGGUGAAGAUUAUAGAAAAUUAUUGAGUGAGAAAAUAUUGAUAAAGUCAAAUUGUAGAAGAGAUAAAGCAGAAAGGCACCAAAAACUCCGCAAAAAAAAUUGUAAAACUUGUAAUUUAAUAUUUAUAAAAAUGUCGACUGCAAUGACUUUUGGACAAAAACAAUUUAUACCAACACCGCCAGAUAAGGGUAGCUUCCCUCUGGAUCACGAUGGAGUAUGUAAAAGCAGUAUGAGGAAAUAUAUGAAGUGUUUAUUAAAUAACAACGGCAAUAAUUCCUUGUGCCGAGAUGAAGCUAAAGAGUACUUAGGCUGUAGAAUGGAGAAUAACCUCAUGGCGAGAGAAGAUUGGGAUAAAUUAGGAUUUAAAACUGAAGUAUCAACUGAAGAGAAGAAAUGACAUUAUAUCUAACGUUUUUAGGUAAGGAAAUUGUUAUAUUGUUGAUUUAAUAAAUUAUAGCCAUAGAA